UAUGAAUUAUAAUCUCAAAACUUUCGACACCAUAAAAUGGUUAAGAAAUCGUUACAAAUCUAGAGUAAAAGAUUAAUAUAUUCUCUAUGAAUCAGAACUAAAAGAAUAAAAUAUGAUGAAAGCAGUAUUUAACUCUAUUGACAGAGAUAAAUCAAGUAUAAACUAUCUCAUUAAUAUUAUUAGAAUUUCUAGAUAGAUCUGAAUUAUAUGAUAUGUUUAUUAAAUAUGGAAUAAAUAUUACCAAAUCUAAACUAAAAGAAUUCUUUAAAAGUAUUGAUGAAGAUGAAGAUGGUAUUAAUAUAAAUAUUCUUUUUUUUAGAUAAAUUAAAUUGGACAGAUUUUAAACAAGCUCUUCAAAAUCAAGAAGCUUUAAAUAGUAUCAUUAUUUUUCCAUUUUAUAGUGUUUGUUUAAUUAAUGAAAAAAAUUCGAGAAGAUUACGAAAUCAAUCAAAUAAAUCCUACGCAACAAUUAACAUUUGUUCCUUUAAGUUUUCCUUAAAUGAUACAAUAUAUGAAUUAUUGUGUAUUGAGAGAAGAGAUUAUUAAUAAGAUAGAAUCAGAUAAUAUCAAUAAUUAUUAAAAGCAUAAAUAAUGCGUUAAUCUUCUUACAUUGGAGGAUAAUUGUUAUAGAAAUAUUAAAUCAGAUUAAAUAUAAGAUGAAGAUGAAGAAAAUGAAACUAAAAAUGUCUAGAAAAUGGAUCAUGCAUAAUUAUUAUAAAUGAAAAGAUUCUAAGAAAGAGAACUCAAAUUUAAGAGAUUAGUAAAUAAUUUAUAUCUAUUUUUAGGAAAAAGUAAAAGAUAUUAGCAAAAGAAAAUUUUAUACAAAUCCAACUCAAGACUUAAAUGUAACUGAUACUUUAAGAUUGUAAAUCAUUAAAAUAAAUUUAUAUAUAGAUCAGAUAUUACUUAAUUAAGAACUAAUCUGACUUAGGAAAUUACUAGAACAAGAGAUAAUAUUGAUAAAUUUUUAGCAAUUUUAAAUAAUGAAAAAUUGAAAUAACAAAAAUCAAGACAAACUUCUCGAGUCUCUUCUAGAUAAAAAUCAAGAGAAAAGAAAACUAAUAUUUUUAAAAAGAAUACUGUUUUAAUUGAAGCAGAAAAAGAAUUGUUAAAUGCUUCAGCUCCAGAAUAAUACAAAUUUAAAGAAUUAAAUUAUGGAUCUCAUCAUAAAAAAAAAGUAUAUAUUUUAUGCAUAAAUUCUAUUUAGUAUCCAAGAGAAAGAAUAUUAUCAUUAGGUAUGAAAUAAAAAUGA